CAACGUCAAUUGUAUUAAAUUUUGUUUCGUCUUGAUUUGAUUCUGUGAAUAAAAUUUCACUUGGUUGAUUGUGUGGAAAAAAUACAAAAUAUACCUUAGCAUAGAUUCUCUCAGAUAUGUCUGUUCCACCGCAAGCGUUUGUGAAUAAAAACAAAAAACAUUUUCUGGGAAUUCCUGCACCCUUGGGAUAUGUUGCGGGUGUUGGUAGAGGAGCUACCGGUUUCACUACACGAUCGGAUAUUGGUCCUGCUCGAGAUGCAAAUGAUGUAUCAGAUGACCGACAUGCUCCACCAGCAGCAAAACGUAAAAAGAAUGAAGAGGAGGAUGAUGAUGAAGAUUUAAAUGAUUCUAAUUAUGAUGAGUUUUCAGGCUAUAGUGGGUCACUUUUCUCAAAGGAUCCAUAUGAUAAAGAUGAUGCUGAAGCAGAUGCUAUUUAUGAGUCAAUUGACAAACGCAUGGACGAGAAAAGAAAAGAAUAUAGGGAGAAGCGGCUCAAAGAAGAUCUUGAGAGAUAUCGUCAAGAAAGACCAAAAAUACAGCAACAGUUUUCUGACUUAAAACGUGAACUGAAAAUGGUUUCCGAGGAAGAGUGGUCGGCUAUACCUGAAGUAGGUGAUGCGAGGAACAGAAAACAGCGUAACCCAAGAGCUGAAAAGUUCACUCCUUUGCCUGAUAGUGUACUGUCAAGGAACUUAGGAGGGGAAUCUUCCACUUCCAUAGAUCCUGGUUCUGGACUGGCAUCCAUGAUGCCUGGUGUUAUGACACCUGGAAUGUUAACACCAUCAGGUGAUCUGGAUUUGAGGAAGAUUGGACAAGCCAGGAACACACUGAUGACAGUCAAACUAUCACAAGUUUCUGACUCUGUAACUGGUCAAACUGUAGUCGACCCUAAAGGGUACCUGACAGACUUACAGUCUAUGAUCCCAACGUAUGGUGGUGAUAUUAAUGAUAUAAAGAAAGCAAGAUUACUUUUAAAAUCUGUGCGGGAGACCAAUCCUAAUCAUCCACCGGCUUGGAUUGCUAGUGCCAGGCUUGAGGAAGUAACAGGUAAAGUCCAAUCAGCGCGGAACCUAAUAAUGAAAGGUUGCGAAGUGAACCCUAGCAGCGAGGAGUUAUGGUUGGAAGCGGCUCGUCUUCAGCCCCCCGACACCGCCCGCGCGGUCAUCGCGCACGCCGCCAGGAAUCUGCCGCAUAGUGUCAGGAUAUGGGUUAAGGCUGCUGAGUUGGAACAAGAGACUAAGGCAAAACGUCGCGUCUUCCGCAAAGCCUUGGAGCACAUUCCCAACUCAGUCCGUCUCUGGAAAGCAGCGGUCGAACUUGAAAACCCUGAAGACGCGCGCAUCUUAUUGUCCCGAGCAGUGGAAUGUUGUCCGACCAGUGUGGAACUGUGGCUGGCCUUAGCUCGAUUGGAGACCUACGAAAAUGCAAGAAAAGUGCUGAACAAGGCUAGGGAGAAUAUCCCAACAGAUAGACAGAUUUGGGUCACCGCCGCUAAGCUAGAAGAGGCUCAUGGCAAUACUCACAUGGUGGAGAAGAUCAUAGAUCGUGCGAUAACCUCUCUAAGCGCUAACGGUGUGGAGAUCAACCGAGAGCAUUGGUUCAAGGAAGCUAUGGAGGCCGAAAAGUCUGGAGCCGUCCAUACUUGUCAGGCUAUAAUUCGCGCCGUGAUUGGCCACGGCAUCGAACCUGAGGAUCAGAAACACACUUGGAUGGAAGACGCUGAAGCGUGCGCAAACGAAGGUGCAUACGAAUGCGCGCGCGCAGUAUACGGCUACGCGCUGUCGGUAUUCCCGUCCAAGAAGUCCAUAUGGCUGCGAGCCGCCUACCUCGAGAAGCAGCACGGGACCAGAGCGAGUUUAGAAGCGUUACUGCAGAGGGCCGUUGCCCAUUGCCCCAAGUCUGAGGUCUUAUGGCUUAUGGGUGCUAAAUCAAAAUGGCUAGCUGGUGACGUGCCAGCUGCUCGCGGUAUCCUCUCGCUGGCUUUCCAAGCGAAUCCCAACUCCGAAGAGAUUUGGUUGGCCGCCGUCAAACUGGAGAGUGAGAACAAAGAGUACGACAGAGCGAGACGGUUGCUGUCUAAAGCUAGGGCUUCCGCGCCCACGCCGAGGGUAAUGAUUAAAUCAGCGAAACUGGAGUGGGCUCUUAACAACUUAAAAGAAGCGCUGAAUCUAUUGGAAGAGGCUAUAAAGGUGUUCGGUGACUACGCCAAGCUACACAUGAUGAAAGGGCAGAUUGAAGAGCAAAUGGGCAAGGACGAGGAGGCCCAUAACACAUAUACGCAAGGGUUGAAAAAGUGCGCAACGUGUGUGCCAAUGUGGAUUCUACUGUCGAGACUGGAAGAGAAAUUAAAACAUGUGACAAAAGCCAGAUCGGUGUUAGAAAAGGCAAGGUUAAGGAAUCCAAAGAAUCCAGAGUUGUGGCUAGAAAGUGUAAGAUUGGAGAGGCGGAAUGGAAGCGCGGAGAUUGCCAACGCUGUAAUGGCGAAGGCGCUACAAGAGUGCCCCACCGCUGGCCGACUGUGGGCAGAUGCCAUAUUCAUGGAGUCUAGGCCGCAGAGAAAAACAAAGAGCGUGGACGCUCUCAAAAAAUGUGAACACGACGCGCACGUGCUACUGGCCGUGUCCCAGCUAUUCUGGACCGAGAGGAAGUUGAACAAAUGCCGCGAAUGGUUCAAUCGGACGGUAAAAAUUGACCCAGACUUAGGCGACGCAUGGGCGUAUUUCUACAAAUUCGAACUGUUACACGGCACGGAACAACAGCAGGAGGACGUUAAAACUCGCUGCAAGACUGCCGAGCCGCACCACGGGGAACAGUGGUGCAAGGUCUCCAAGGAAAUAGCCAACUGGUGCUUCAGCACGGAACAAAUACUACUGCUAGUGGCUAAGAGCUUACCUGUUCCGACGUAAAAUAACAGGUAUUUUAUUAAGGAUGUAUGUAUAUUAUGCCUGCAGUAAUAUAAAGAACUACAUACUCUCAAGAAUACCUGUUCCGAAAAUUUGUGAUAUUUGUUCGGAACUAUAUUUAUAAAAUGUUUCUUAAAAUAGUGUCAAACGAGUGAAAGUAUUUUAUCGGAAUUUAUUGAUUCUUGUUUCCUACAUUUUGAUACGUGUUUCCAACCAAAUAGAGAGGGAGUAUGUUUUAUAAACCCGAAGCAAGGCUGCCGAGCCGCACCAUGGAGAAAAAUGGUUCCAGAUCUCCAAGGAAAACCAACUCGUGCUUUUGCACGGAACAGUCUGUUCCGUCGUAAAAUACCUGUAUCGAGGUGAUGUAGUACUUGAAGAUACUUAUAUUAAAAUAAACAAAUAGUUGCUGUCAAGAAAAGAGAUACCUGUUUCGAAGAUAAUUAAUACAUGUUUCGAAGUGUAUCGAUACCUGUUCCGGAGUACUUACAUUGAUACUUGUUCCAAAGUCUAUUGGUAUGUUUCGAAGAAUAAGAACAAGUGAUGGAUUUUAUCAAAGUAUUCUGUGCGUACUGAUACCUGUUCCCAUUUAGUAAUACGUACUUCAAGAAAUAAUGUGUAGUGGAUUUUAAUGACUAUGUUAUAUAUAGUGUAAGUGAUUUUGUUUCAUAGUAUUCUUAUAAGAAUGUUUACUUUUGGAAUUGAUAUCUAUCAAUAAAUAUAUUUAAGUACUA